AUGCUGCGUCUGCUCGCAACUUUUGUACUCUUUUACUCGCUCAUAGCUGCCAAGAAACCCGAGACGAAACGCCACACGGCGUUGACGCCACCGCUGUCUCUCUUUCAAGGCGAAGUGACCAAUUCUUUCCAUCGUCUCUCGAUCCCUAAAGGCCCCAUCGCCGUGUACCGCUUCGAAGCCGACAUUGUGGAGAAAGAUGCCAAUGGAAACGUGGUGCCUGUACCUACGUACGAUGCGUAUCUGCACCACCACGUGUUUGGGUCGACACACAAGCAAUACGAUGCCAUGAAGAGCCGCGGGGUUCCUAUGAAACCCAAAAACUUUAGUCGCAGUGUGGCAUUUGGGGCUGGCACCGAAUGUCGGGGCACACCACAGGAAUUUUACUUUCCUUAUGCCUUUAUGACUGUAGAAGGAGAGGACGAGUGGAUGGCCAAUGUGCACAUUAUUAACACUCGGGAAAUGGCACCAGAGCGUGCGCAUCGCUGUCUCGAGUGCCCCUGCACGUCGGAAGAUACGUUCACUACUGAUUCAGUGAACGGAAUCCACUUUCAUGCUACUAGUUGCAAUCCUCAGCUGCUGGAUGAAAAAAACACGGUCUGUUCAGCUAAGACAUACCACGGAGGACUGCGGUGCUGUAAAGACGCUGAAUAUUGCUUGGAACAUGGCGAACUGGAGGUGGCCGCAUCUAGUAAUGCCACUUACUAUUUGCGCUACUCGUUAGAUUACGCUGAAAUUGUGCCAGAAAAUCGUCCGUUGUAUCUUGCAGCGUGUUGUGAUGCAUCCGGAGGUCUCGAUCACAUGGGGAACAUUGAGUACGACGUGCCAGCAUGCGACCCAAACACGCAUCCUGGAUGCGUUCACACGCUGUCGACUCGACAGCGACUCAACAGUGGCAGUAUCCCAUUGUUCUCAUAUCACCAACACUCACCCGAGCCGGAGCGAGAGGUGGAGCUCGUGUAUGCAGUAGGUCACCAGCAUCGUGGUGGUCUGGGUAUCCAGCUAUAUGACGACGCUUCAGGCGACUUGUUGUGCGCAUCUGUGCCAAAGUAUGGCUCAGGCACUGAAGCUGGCAAUGAAGACGGCUAUGUCAUUUCGAUGAGUACUUGUACCUUCGAUCCGCCUCGACGCAUGCGCACAACCGACAUUGUUCGAGUUGUGGCACUCUAUAACAACACGCUGCCGCAUACUGGAGUCAUGAGUAUCAUGUACAUGGCACUGAGCGAUUUUCCUUUGGAGUAUGAUGCUAUUACCAAAACUUCGGUGACUGUCUCGGGAGAUAAUAACUGGGGAUGGCUGAUGCUUGGCGUUCUUGCGGGAGGUGCUGCUUGCGCACUGGCGACGGCGCUCGUGACGCGUUGGAAACAGCGAUCUGGAUACACUCCGUUACAACCACAAACAAAUUAA